GAAACAGAGACAGAAAGAGAAAGAGAGUUAGUUUAGCAAUGGCGAGCGUUAAUGCAGAGGAAGUAGGGAGCAACAAGCAGGUGAUAUUGAGGGACUACGUCACAGGUUUUUUGUACGUCACCACUAGUACCAUACAAUUGAAGGUCCCCGAAGGUUCCAACGCUGUUCUGGUGAAAAACCUCUACUUGUCCUGCGAUCCCUACAUGCGUGGCCUCAUGAGGCCAACCGGGUCCAUUAAAGCCAGCUACAUCAGCUCCUUCACGCCCGGUUCGCCCAUAACUGGACAUGGAGUGGCUAAAGUUCUGGAUUCUGCGGAUCCAAACUUCAAGAAAGGUAACUUGGUUUGGGGAAUCACCGGGUGGGAAGAAUAUAGUCUCAUCACAGAAACUGAUUUUCUGUUUAAAAUUCAAGACACAGAUGUGCCUCUUUCCUACUAUACUGGAAUUCUUGGUAAGCUUACUGCUUCUAAUUCUGUAUGCAUGCCUGGCAUGACUGCUUAUGGUGGUUUCUAUGAAGUUUGUUCUCCUAAGAAAGGAGAAUAUGUCUUCAUUUCUGCAGCUUCUGGUGCAGUUGGUCAGCUUGUUGGACAGUUUGCCAAAUUGUUGGGUUGUUUUGUCGUUGGAAGUGCUGGAAGUAAAGAAAAGGUUGAUCUUUUGAAAAAUAAGUUUGGUUUUGACGAUGCUUUCAACUAUAAGGAAGAGCCUGACUUGGAUGCAACUUUGAAAAGGUAUUUCCCAGAAGGCAUUGACAUUUACUUUGAGAAUGUUGGGGGUAAAACACUUGAUGCAGUGCUCCUAAACAUGAGAAUCCAUGGUCGCAUUGCUGCAUGUGGAAUGAUCUCACAGUAUAAUCUUGAUCAGCCUGAAGGCGUGAAAAAUUUGAUGUAUCUCAUAUACAAUCGAAUCCAUAUUCAAGGAAUUGCAGUUUUUGAUUACUAUCAUCUCUAUCCCAAGUUCUUAGACUUUGUGUUGCCUUACAUCAGAGAAGGGAAGAUAGUGUAUGUGGAAGACAUAGCUGAAGGCCUUGAGAGUGGCCCAGCUGCCCUGGUUGGACUUUUUAGUGGUCGCAAUGUUGGAAAACAAGUCGUUGUAGUUGCUCGCGAAUAGUUUAUCCCUGUCUUUUGCACCUGUUAUUGCUUUCGUUUGUUAUCAUCCAACUUAAUUGGCAACACAGCUCAUUUUGGCAAAAUAA